CACCUCCAGGAGAUCCCAUCCUCUAGCAGCAAUGUUUCCACCAGCUUCACCAGGGACUGGGAAUCCAGCAAGACCUCAGAGUUUCUCUCAGGCAUGGGAGUGUCUGUGCUUAAGAAGGACAAGCUGGGCAAUGAAAACACACCCCAGGACCUGCAGGGGAUGUUGCCCAGUCCCCCUCAGAAACGGCAGAAAGUGAAGGACUUUGUCAUUGUGCGCCGGCCUCUUCCUCCUUUAUGCCGGCCUCGGCUGCUCAGAGAGGCAGAGUCAGGUGUUUCUUGGGAUGUACUUCCAGACGAGCUGCUUUUGGCAAUCUUUGCAUAUUUGCCCCUAAAUGAUUUGUUAAAAGUGUCUGUGAUUUGCAAGAGGUGGCAUUGUCUUUCGUUUGAUGAAUCUCUCUGGCAGACUCUUGAUCUGACUGGUAGAAAUUUGGUGCCAGGAGUGAUUGGACAGUUGCUGCCUGCAGGUGUUACUGUAUUCCGCUGCCCAAGAUCUUGUAUUGGAAAUCCAUUGUUUAAAACAAGCAUACCUCUCAGAGUUCAACACAUGGAUUUGUCAAACUGCACAAUGUCUGUUGCAGAUCUCCAGAGUAUUCUUUAUCUGUGUGCAAGGCUACAGAACCUCAGCUUGGAGGGACUAGUGCUUUCUGAUGACAUCAUCAAGAGCAUUGCUAAGAAUACCAGUUUGAGGCGACUAAAUCUCUGUGGAUGCUCAGGGUUUUCUGCAGAAGCCUUGGAGCUGAUGUUGAGAAGCUGUUCUAUGUUGGAGGAGCUGAACUUGUCCUGGUGUGACUUCACAGCCACCCAUGUCAAAAAAGCAGUCAAUCAUGUAACUUCAAAACUAACCCAAUUAAAUUUAAGUGGAUACAGACAGAAUCUACAAAUGUCAGAUGUUAAAACACUGGUGGAAAGAUGUCCUCUUCUUGUCCAUUUAGAUCUAAGUGACAGCAUGAUGUUGAAGCCUGAGUGCUUCCAGUAUUUUCAUAAACUCCUCUUUCUACAACAUCUGUGUCUUAGCCGAUGUUAUCAGAUAUCACCUGCUGCCUUAGUAGCACUUGGUGAAAUUCCAACAUUAAAGACUCUUCAGGUAUUUGGAAUAGUGACCGAUAGCUCCCUAGAGCUCCUCAAGGACACGCUUCCUGUCAUAAACAUUAAUUGUUCACACUUUACAAGUAUUGCGAGGCCAACUAUUGACAGUAGAAAGAACAAUGAGAUCUGGGGCAUCAAAUGCAGAUUGACGCUGAGAAAUCAUAGUGACUUAUGAACAUGCACUUGAUGUGAUGGACACACUGUGUGUAGUGAAGCUCCUUAAGAAGCAAGAAUGCUGGAGCACCUUUAAUCAUAGUACUGU